UGCGUGUCCUGCUCGCUCCAUGUUGCCGCCUCUCCCGGUACCUGCUGCUGCUGCUGCUCCCGGGGCUGCGGGAAAUGCGAGAGGCUGAGCCGGGGAGGAGGAACCCGAGCAGCAGCGGCGGCGGCCGCGGCGGCGGGAGGCGCCCCCCAGGAGGAGGACCGGGAUCCAUGUGUCUUUCCUGGUGACUAGGAUGUCGUCGGAGGAGGACCGGAGCGUGGAGCAGCCGCAGCCGCCGCCACCACCCCCCGAGGAGCCCGGAGCCCCGGCCCCGAGCCCCGCAGCCGCAGACAAAAGACCUCGGGGCCGGCCUCGCAAAGAUGGCGCUUCCCCUUUCCAGAGAGCCAGAAAGAAGCCUCGAAGUAGAGGAAAAACUGCAGUGGAAGAUGAAGACAGCAUGGAUGGACUGGAGACAACAGAAACAGAAAAUAUUGUGGAAACAGAAAUCAAAGAACAGUCCGCAGAAGAGGAUGCUGAAGCAGAAGUGGAUAACAGCAAGCAGCCACUCACAGCUCUUCAACGACCUGUGUCCGAGGAAUCUGCAAACUCCCUGGUCUCUGUUGGUGUAGAAGCCAAAAUCAGUGAACAACUCUGCGCUUUUUGUUACUGUGGGGAAAAGAGUUCCUUAGGACAAGGAGACUUAAAACAGUUCAGAGUAACACCUGGAUUUAUCUUGCCUUGGAAAAACCAGCCUUCCAACAUUGAUGACAACAGCAAUGGAGCCUGUGAGAAAAUACCAAAUUCAGCACCACGAAAACAAAGAGGACAGCGAAAAGAACGAUCUCCUCCGCAGAAUGCAGUGUCUUGUGUAAGUGUAAGCACCCAGACAGCUUCAGAUGACCAGGCUGGCAGAUUAUGGGAUGAACUCAGUCUGGUUGGCCUUCCAGACGCCAUUGAUAUCCAAGCCUUAUUUGAUCCUACAGGCACUUGUUGGGCUCAUCACCGUUGUGUGGAGUGGUCACUGGGAGUGUGCCAGAUGGAGGAAGCAUUAUUAGUGAAUGUGGACAAAGCUGUUGUCUCAGGGAGCACAGAACGAUGUGCAUUUUGCAAGCAUCUUGGAGCCACUAUCAAAUGCUGUGAAGAGAAAUGUACCCAGAUGUACCAUUAUCCAUGUGCUGCAGGAGCUGGCACCUUUCAGGAUUUCAGUCAUUUCUUCCUUCUUUGUCCAGAACAUAUUGACCAAGCUCCUGAAAGAUCAAAGGAAGAUGCAAACUGUGCAGUAUGCGACAGCCCUGGAGACCUCUUAGAUCAGUUCUUUUGUACUACUUGUGGCCAGCACUAUCAUGGAAUGUGCCUGGAUAUAGCGGUUACUCCAUUAAAACGUGCAGGUUGGCAAUGUCCUGAGUGCAAAGUGUGCCAGAACUGCAAACAAUCGGGAGAAGAUAGCAAGAUGCUAGUGUGUGAUACGUGUGACAAAGGGUAUCAUACUUUUUGUCUUCAACCAGUUAUGAAAUCAGUACCAACCAAUGGCUGGAAAUGCAAAAAUUGCAGAAUCUGUGUAGAGUGUGGCACACGAUCUAGUUCCCAGUGGCACCACAAUUGCCUGAUAUGUGACAGUUGUUACCAGCAGCAGGAUAACUUGUGUCCUUUCUGUGGGAAGUGGUACCAUCCGGAAUUACAGAAAGAUAUGCUUCAUUGUAAUAUGUGCAAAAGAUGGGUUCACUUAGAAUGUGACAAACCUACAGAUAAUGAACUGGAUUCUCAGCUCAAAGAAGAGUAUAUCUGCAUGUAUUGUAAACACUUAGAAGCUGAGAUGGAUCCAUUACAUCCAGGUGAUGAAGUGGAGAUGGCUGAACUUAAUACAGAUUAUAGCAAUGAAAUGGAAGUGGAAGGAACUGAAGAUCAAGUGGUGUUUGUGGAGCAAACAGUUAAUAAAGAUGUCAGUGGUCAUGAAUCCACACCUGGAAUUGUUCCAGAUGCAAUUCAAAUCCACACGGAAGAGCAUCAGAAGAGUAAUCUACCUGAAAUCCUUGACAGUGAUGGUCUUCCUGUUUCUGAAUCACCCCAAAAUAAAGUGAACACUGAAUUGGAAAAUCGGAGUCCUCAUGAAGUUGAUAAGGAAAAAAUGGAAAUGCCAUCUAAAUUGAUUCGUAUUUGUGAUGAAGAUCAAAAUGAAAAAAUGGAAGUAACAGAGAAUGUUGAAGUCCUUACUCACCAGAUCAUGGUGCAGCAAGAUGAACUGCAUGUGUUGGAGGAACCUAAAACUGAGGCGUCCAGAAAAGAACCAGAAUCUCCAACAUCAGUCAUGGAAUCUGUCCCCGCACUACCUGAGACUUCAGCGUCUCUGAGUGAGGAAAGUACUUUGGUGUGUUCUAAGGAACAGUUGGUAACAGAAAGGGUACAGGAAGGAAUGGACCAGAAAGAAGAUGCUGCACUUUCCUCUAGGUUUAUGGACUUUGAAAUGACUCCUUCAAUUGAGAGUUGUGUGAAAGAUGUUUCAUGCCAAGGAGACAAAUCUACAUCAUCUGAAGCACAGUCAUCAUUUUCAUCAUCAGCAGAUCUAAACAAGGCAAAUGUGUCUUCUUCUCCAGCACUUUGUUCAGACUUGCCUCCACAAGACAUUCUGCACAGUUACCCAGCAACUCUAAGUUCUUCUGUUGGAAACAUCAUGCCAACAACAUACAUCUCAGUCACUCCAAAAAUUGGCAUGGGUAAACCAGCUAUUUCCAAAAGAAAAUUUUCUCCUGGUAGACCUCGGUCUAAACAGGGGGCUUGGAGUACCCAUAAUACAGUGAGCCCACCUUCCUGGUCCCCAGACAUUUCAGAAGGUCGGGAAAUUUUUAAAACCAGGCAGCUUCCUGGCAGUGCCAUUUGGAGCAUCAAAGUGGGCCGUGGCUCUGGAUUUCCAGGCAAACGUAGACCUCGUGGAGCAGGACUGUCAGGAAGAGGUGGCAGAGGCAGGUCGAAACUAAAGAGUGGAAUUGGAGCUGUUGUGUUACCUGGGGUAUCAACUGCAGAUAUUUCAUCAAAUAAGGAUGAGGAAGAAAAUUCUAUGCACAAUACUGUUGUAUUGUUUUCAAGUAGUGACAAGUUCACUUUACAUCAGGAUAUGUGUGUAGUUUGCGGCAGUUUUGGCCAGGGAGCAGAAGGAAGAUUACUUGCCUGUUCUCAGUGUGGUCAGUGUUACCAUCCGUACUGUGUCAGUAUUAAGAUUUCUAAAGUGGUCCUUAGCAAAGGUUGGCGGUGUCUGGAGUGCACUGUGUGUGAGGCCUGCGGGAAGGCAACUGACCCAGGAAGACUCCUGCUUUGUGAUGAUUGUGACAUAAGUUAUCACACCUACUGCCUAGACCCUCCAUUGCAGACUGUGCCCAAAGGAGGCUGGAAGUGCAAAUGGUGUGUUUGGUGCAGACACUGUGGAGCAACAUCUGCAGGUCUGAGAUGUGAAUGGCAAAACAACUACACACAGUGUGCUCCUUGUGCAAGCCUCUCCUCCUGCCCGGUCUGCUGUCGAAACUAUAGAGAAGAAGAUCUUAUUCUGCAAUGUAGACAAUGUGAUAGAUGGAUGCAUGCUGUUUGUCAAAACUUAAAUACUGAGGAAGAAGUGGAAAAUGUAGCAGACAUUGGUUUUGACUGUAGCAUGUGCAGACCCUAUAUGCCCACAUCAAAUGUGCCUUCCUCAGACUGCUGUGACUCUUCACUUGUAGCACAAAUUGUCACAAAAGUAAAAGAGCUAGAUCCACCUAAAACCUACACCCAGGAUGGCGUGUGUCUGACGGAAUCAGGGAUGACUCAGUUGCAGAGCCUCACAGUCACAGUUCCAAGAAGGAAACGGUCAAAACCAAAAUUGAAAUUGAAGAUUAUAAAUCAAAAUAGCGUGGCUGUCCUUCAGACCCCUCCAGAUAUCCAAUCAGAGCAUUCAAGGGAUGGUGAAAUGGAUGAUAGUCGAGAAGGAGAUCUUAUGGACUGUGAUGGGAAAUCAGAAUCUAGUCCUGAACGGGAACCUGUGGAUGAUGAAACUAAGGGAGUAGAAGGACCAGAUGGCAUCAAAAAGAGGAAAAGAAAACCAUACAGACCGGGUAUUGGCGGAUUUAUGGUACGGCAAAGAAGUCGAACUGGGCAAGGAAAAACCAAAAGAUCUGUGAUCAGAAAAGAUUCUUCAGGCUCUGUUUGUGAGCAGCUGCCUAGUAGAGAUGAUGGCUGGAGUGAACAGUUACCAGAUACUCUAGUUGAUGAAUCUGUUUCUGUUACUGAAAGCACUGAAAAAAUAAAGAAGAGAUACCGAAAAAGGAAAAAUAAGCUUGAAGAAACGUUCCCUGUCUAUUUACAAGAAGCUUUCUUUGGAAAAGAUCUUCUAGAUACAAGUAGACAAAACAAGUUGAGUUUAGAUAGUCUAUCAGAAGAUGCAGCUCAGCUUUCCUAUAAAACACACAUGAAUACAAAUUUUUUGGAUCCUUCAUUAGAUCCACUACUUAGUUCAUCCUCAGCUCCUGCAAAGCUUGGAACUCAAGGUACUGCUGAUGACCCAUUAGCUGAUAUUUCUGAAGUCUUAAACACAGAUGAUGACAUUCUUGGAAUAAUUUCAGAUGACCUAGCAAAAUCAGUUGAUCAUUCAGAUAUGGGUCCUAUUGCUGACGAUCCUUCCUCUUUGCCUCAUCCAAGUGUUAAUCAGAGUUCACGACCAUUAAGUGAAGAGCAACUAGACGGCAUUCUCAGUCCUGAACUAGACAAAAUGGUCACAGAUGGAGCAAUUCUUGGAAAGUUAUAUAAAAUUCCAGAGCUUGGAGGAAAGGAUGUGGAGGACUUAUUCACUGCUGUCCUUAGUCCUGUGACCCCUCAGCCAACUCCAUUACCACAGCCUCCCCCACCACCACAGCUGUUGCCAAUACAUAAUCAGGAUGUGUUUUCACGGAUGCCAGUCAUGAAUGGCCUUAUUGGACCCAGUCCUCAUCUCCCACAUAACUCUCUGCCUCCUGGUAGUGGACUGGGAGCUUACUCUGCUGUAGCACAAUCCCCUUAUACUGACAUCAGGGAUAAAAAUCCAGCAUUUAAUCCAAUGGCAAGUGAUCCCAGCAGCUCUUGGACAUCAUCAGCUCCCACUCUGGAAGGAGAGAGUGACACAAUGUCAAAUGCCCAAAGAAGUACUCUCAAAUGGGAGAAGGAGGAGGCUCUGGGCGAGAUGGCAACAGUAGCACCGGUUCUCUACACCAACAUUAACUUCCCCAAUUUAAAGGAAGAAUUCCCUGACUGGACCACAAGAGUGAAGCAGAUUGCUAAAUUGUGGAGGAAAGCAAGCUCACAGGAAAGAGCACCAUAUGUGCAAAAGGCCAGAGAUAACAGAGCUGCUCUACGCAUUAAUAAGGUACAGAUGUCCAAUGAUUCCAUGAAAAGGCAGCAGCAGCAAGAUAGCAUCGAUCCCAGCUCUCGCAUUGAUUCAGAUCUUUUUAAAGAUCCGUUAAAGCAAAGAGAAUCAGAACAUGAACAGGAAUGGAAAUUUAGACAGCAAAUGCGUCAGAAGAGUAAGCAGCAGGCUAAGAUUGAAGCUACGCAGAAGCUUGAACAAGUGAAAAACGAGCAGCAGCAACAGCAGCAGCAGCAGCAGCAGUUUGGAUCUCAGCAUCUUCUGGUGCCAUCUGGUUCAGAUACACCUAGCAGUGGGGUACAGAGUCCCUUGACACCUCAGCCUAGCAAUGGAAACCUGUCUCCUGCACAGUCAUUCCAUAAAGAACUGUUUACAAAACAACUACCCAGUACUCCUACUUCUACAUCUUCAGAUGAUGUGUUUGUAAAACCACAAGCUCCACCUCCUCCUCCAACCCCAUCCCGAAUUCCCGUUCAGGAAAAUCUUUCUCAGUCUCAGGCUUCUCAGCCACCUUCACCACAAAUGUUUUCACCCAACUCUCGCCCACCAUCUCCAGUGGAUCCUUAUGCAAAAAUGGUUGGCACCCCUAGACCACCUCCUGGGGGUCAUAGUUUUCCCAGAAGAAAUCCUGUUGCACAGGUGGAAAACUGUACACCUUUGUCAUCAGUAUCUAGGCCCAUUCAGAUGAAUGAGACAACAACAAAUAGGCCAUCUCCAGUCAGAGAUUUAUGUUCUUCCUCCACAACAAAUAGUGACCCCUAUGCAAAACCUCCAGACACACCGAGACCUAUGAUGAUUGAUCAGUUUCCAAAACCCUUGAGCCUACCCCGGUCUCCCAUAGUUUCAGAACAAACUGCCAAAGGUCCCAUAGCAGCUGGAGCUAACGAUCACUUUACUAAGCCAUCUCCCAGGGCAGAUGUGUUUCAAAGACAACGAAUACCUGACCCGUAUGCACGAGCCCUGCUGACUCCUGCGCCUCUGGAUAGUAGUUCUGGACCUUUUAAGACUCCAAUGCAGCCUCCUCCAUCCUCUCAGGACCCUUAUGGAUCAAUGGCACAGGCCUCAAGGCGGUUGUCUGUUGACCCUUAUGAAAGACCUGCUUUGACACCAAGACCUGUAGAUAAUUUUUCACAUGGUCAAUCAAAUGAUCCUUUCAACCAGUCUCCCUUAACCCCACACCCCGCAAUGAAUGAAUCUUUUGCCCAUUGCUCAAGGGCUUUUUCUCAACCUGGAACCAUAUCAAGGCCAACAUCUCAGGACCCAUAUUCCCAACCCCCUGGAACUCCACGACCUGUUUUAGAUUCUUACUCGCAACCCUCAGGAACAUCUCGGUCCAAUCCUGACCCUUACUCUCAACCUCCCGGAACUCCCAGACCUACGACUAUUGAUCCAUAUAAUCAGCAGCCAUCAACCCCUAGGCCGUCAGCACAAACUGACUUGUUUGUAACACCUUCAGCUAAUCAGAGGCACUCUGAUCCGUACGCUCAUCCUCCUGGAACACCGAGACCUGGCGUUUCUGGUCCUUAUUCUCAGCCACCAGCAGGACCAAGGCCAAGGAUUGCAGAGGGUUUCACCAGAUCUUCAGUGACAAGACCAGUCCUCAUGCCAAAUCAGGAUCCUUUCCUGGCAGCUUCCCAAAACCGAGGACCAACUCUCCCUCGACCACCUGGACCUGGUCUUUCAGACACAUUUAACCAUGUGUCCCCUUCUGCGCGCGAUGCCUAUGACCAGCCUCCGAUGACUCCGCGGUCUCAGGCUGACUCCUUUGGAACAAGUCAAGCUGCUCAUGACGUUGCUGACCAGUCAAGGCCUGGGUCGGAGGGGAAUUUCAGUGCAUCUUCAAAUUCUCCAAUGAAUUCUCAAAGCCAACAGUUUUCCAGUGUCUCCCAGCUCCCUGGACCUGUACCAACUUCAGGAGUAACUGAUACACAGAAUACUAUAAAUAUGUCUCAAGCAGAUACAGAGAAAUUGAGACAGCGGCAGAAGUUACGAGAAAUCAUUCUCCAACAGCAACAGCAGAAGAAGAUUGCUAGUCGACAAGAGAAGGGACCACAGGAUUCACCAGUAGUUGCUCAUCCAGGUCCCCUUCAGCACUGGCAGCCAGAGAAUAUCAACCAGGCUUUCAGUAGACCUCCACCUCCCUAUCCUGGAAACAUGAGAUCUCCUAUUGUCCCUUCUCUAGGACCUAGAUACUCUGUUUUCCCGAAAGAUCAGCGAGGACCCUAUCCUCCUGAUGUUGCUGGUAUGGGGAUGAGACCACAUGGAUUUAGAUUUGGAUUUCCAGGAGGUGGUCAUGGUACCAUGUCAAGUCAGGACCGCUUUCUUGUGCCUCCUCAGCAAUUACAAGGAUCUGGAGUUCUUCCACAGCUAAGAAGAUCAGUAUCUGUAGAUAUGCCUAGGCCUUUAAAUAACUCUCAGAUGAAUAAUCCAGUUGGACUUGCACAGCAUUUCCCACCACCGAGUUUGCCUGUUCAGCAGCAUAACAUACUGGGUCAAGCGUUCAUUGAACUGAGGCACAGGGCUCCUGAUGGAAGGCCACGGCCACCCUUCGGCGCUUCUCCUGGCAGCGUUAUAGAGCCACCUGCUCAUCUGAGACAUGGAAGCUUCCUUCCUCGACCAGACUUUCCAGGUCCUAGACACCCAGACUCCAUUCGACGAGCUCCCCAAGGUCUACCUAAUCAGCUGCCUAUGCAUCCAAACUUGGAACAAGUACCACCCUCUCAGCAGGAGCCGAGUCCUCCUGUCCAUUCAUCUUCUCUGGUUGUGAGGUCUCUGAGUCAUCCCUUGGGCGGUGAAUUUUCAGAGGCUUCUUUGUCAGCAUCUAUACCAGCUGAAACAACACCUGAUAAUCUACAGAUAACCAGCCAGCCAUCUGAUGGUCUGGAAGAAAAACUUGAUUCUGAUGACCCUUCUGUGAAAGAACUGGAUGUUAAAGACCUUGAGGGGGUUGAAGUCAAAGACUUAGAUGACGAAGAUCUUGAAAAUUUAAAUUUAGAUACAGAGGACGGCAAGGGAGAUGAAUUGGAUACUUUAGGUAAUUUGGAAACUAAUGAUCCCAACCUUGAUGACCUCUUACGGUCAGGAGAGUUUGAUAUCAUUGCAUACACAGAUCCAGAACUUGACCUGGGAGAUAAGAAAAGCAUGUUUAAUGAAGAACUUGACCUAAAUGUUCCAAUUGAUGAUAAAUUAGAUAAUCAGUGUGUACCUGUUGAACCAAAAAACAAGGACCAAGAGGAUAAAACUGUGUUUCUCGCUGAUAAACAUUCACCGCAGAAAAAAUCCAAUGUUAAUAAUGAGGUAAAAACUGAAGUACUGUCUCCGGAUACUAAAGAGGAAACCAAAUGUGAAAUUGAUAAAAGUGGUGAGAGUAAAGAUGGUAUUGACACUUCCUGCUCACAGGCUUCUACUCACGCAAACCUAAAUGAUGGAGAAAAGACUUCUUUGCAACCUUCUGAUCCAGAUGUACCUGAGAAAAGAACUAACCAAACUGCUGGCUCUAACCCAAGUGUCAUUCAAGGAUCCACUUCACUGCCUUCUCAAGAUGUAAUAAGUUCUUGUGGGUUAACUGGAUCAACUCCAGUUCUGUCAAGUUUACUGGCUACUGAAAAAUCUGAUAACUCAGAAAUAAGACCAUUGGGGUCUCCACCAGCAACUUUGCCAGCCUCACCAUCCAACCAUGUAUCAAGUUUGCCUCCUACUUUAAUGGCACCACCUGGCCAUGUUCUGGAUAAUACCAUUAAUUCUAAUGUAACAGUGGUUUCUAGGGUAAACCAUGCUUUUUCUCAGGGUGUGCAGGUGAAUCCAGCAUUCAUUCAGGGUCAGUCAACUGUUAACCACAAUUUGGGUACAGGAAAACCUACAAAUCAACCAAUGCCUCUAACAAGUCAGUCUGGUACCAGUGGCACAUCUGUGCCUCCACAGCUAAUGAUUCCCCAGACGUUAACCCAGCAGAAUAGAGAAAGGCCGCUUCUCCUUGAAGAACAACCUCUGCUUCUACAGGAUCUUUUGGAUCAAGAAAGACAAGAACAGCAGCAGCAAAGACAAAUGCAAGCCAUGAUUCGUCAGCGGUCAGAGCCAUUCUUCCCUAAUAUUGAUUUUGAUGCAAUUACAGAUCCUAUAAUGAAAGCCAAAAUGGUAGCCCUUAAAGGCAUAAACAAAGUGAUGGCACAAAACAAUCUGGGCAUGCCACCGAUGGUGAUGAGCAGGUUCCCCUUUAUGGGUCCUUCUGUGGCUGGAACACCGGCUGGUGAAGGCCAGAGCCUUGUCCCACAGAGCGUUACUCAGGAUGGCAGUAUAACACAUCAGAUUUCUAGGCCUAAUCCUCCAAAUUUUGGUCCAGGCUUUGUCAAUGACUCACAACGUAAGCAGUAUGAAGAAUGGCUUCAGGAGACCCAGCAGCUUCUCCAGAUGCAGCAGAAAUAUCUUGAAGAACAAAUUGGUGCACACAGAAAAUCCAAGAAGGCCCUGUCGGCUAAACAGCGAACUGCCAAGAAGGCGGGGCGUGAAUUUCCAGAAGAGGAUGCAGAGCAACUCAAGCAUGUCACUGAGCAGCAGAGCAUGGUUCAGAAACAGCUGGAACAGAUUCGUAAACAACAGAAAGAGCAUGCCGAGUUAAUUGAAGAUUAUCGAAUCAAACAGCAACAGCAGCAGCAGUGUGCAAUGGCCCCACCUAACAUGAUGCCUGGUGUCCAGCCCCAGACCCCCUUGGUUCCAGGUGCCACUCCACCCACCAUGAGCCAACCCAAUUUUCCCCUGGUACCACAGCAGCUUCAGCACCAGCAGCACACAGCAGUCAUCUCUGGCCACACUAGUCCUGCUAGAAUGCCCAGUUUACCUGGUUGGCAACCUACCAAUGCUUCUGCUCACCUACCCCUUAACCCUCCUAGAAUUCAGCCCCCAAUUGCCCAGAUUCCAAUAAAAACUUGCACACCAGCACCAGGACCAGUGUCAAAUGCAAAUUCACAGAGUGGACCACCACCACGGGUAGAAUUUGAUGACAACAACCCCUUUAGUGAAAGUUUUCAAGAACGGGAACGGAAGGAACGCUUACGAGAACAGCAGGAAAGACAACGAAUCCAGCUCAUGCAAGAAGUUGACAGACAAAGAGCCUUGCAGCAGAGGAUGGAGAUGGAACAGCAUGGCAUGAUGGGUUCAGAACUGAGUUGUAGGACAUCUGUGUCCCAGAUUCCAUUCUACAGUUCUGACCUACCUUGUGAUUUUAUGCAACCUCCUAGACCCCUCCAGCAGUCUCCACAACACCAACCGCAAAUGGGACAGGUUUUACAGCAGCAGAACGUACAACAAGGAUCUAUUAGUUCACCCCCUACCCAAACAUUCUUGCAAACCAGUGAGCGAAGGCAAGGAGGACCUCCUUCGUUUGUUCCUGACUCACCAUCUGUUCCUGGUGGGAGCCCCACUUUCCAUUCUAUUAAGCAAGGACAUGGAAGUCUUUCUGGGACCAAUUUCCAGCAGUCUCCAGUGAGGCCUCCUUUUACACCUGCUUUAGUAGCAGCACCACCUGCCAUAGCUAACAGCAAUCUCCCAUGUAGUCAGGACCCAGCUCUAACCCAUGGACAAAGUUAUCCGGGAUCAACCCAGUCUCUCAUUCAGUUGUAUUCUGAUAUAAUUCCAGAAGAGAAAGGGAAAAAGAAAAGAACAAGAAAAAAGAAAAAAGAUGAUGAUACAGAAUCCACCAAGGCACCAUCAACUCCCCAUUCAGAUAUCACUGCUCCACCUACUCCUAGCAUCUCAGAAACUACCUCCACUCCUACAGGGAACACACCCAGCGAGCUUCCUCAGCAAGGAGAACAAGAGUUGGUGGAAGCAGGUGGCCCAUCAACUCCCAGUAUGGUGGCAGGCCAGCCAGAUACAGAGUUAGAAAGCAAACUGCCCCCUAGUGAUUACUCACAGGAACCUCCAAAUCAACAGACUUACACAGACUCAGAGGUAGAUAAGCUGUCCAUGGAAACCCCUGCCAAAAUUGAAGAAAUAAAACUGGAAAAAGCUGAGACGGAGCCAUGCCCAGGCCGAGAGGAACCUAAAUUGGAGGAACAGUCUGGUAGUAAGGUAGAAGAAAAGGCUAUAGCGCAUCCUGUCUCUUCUGCACAGAGUCCUCCCCAUGCUCUCGGGGCCCCUGCUGCUAAAGGAGAUUCAGGCAAUGAACUUCUGAAACACUUGUUGAAAACUAAAAAGUCAGCUUCUCUUUUAAAUCAAAAACCAGACAGCACUUUUUGUUCAGAAGACAGCUGUACAAAGGAUAAUAAAAUGAUUGAGAAGCAGCAAGUAGCUGAAGGAUUGCAAACUUUGGGGGCUCAAAUGCAAGGUGGUUUUGGAUGUGGCAAUAGCCAGUUGCCAAAAACAGAUGGAGGAAGUGAAACCAAGAAACAGCGUUGCAAACGGACCCAGCGAACUGGGGAGAAAGCAGCACCUCGCUCCAAGAAAAGGAAGAAGGACGAUGAGGAGAAACAAGCUUUGUCCUCUACCAGUGACUCAUUUACCCACCUAAAGCAGCAGCUCUCUCUGCUCCCUCUAAUGGAACCAAUCAUUGGAGUGAACUUUGCGCACUUUCUUCCUUAUGGCAGUGGCCAAUUUAAUAGUGGGAAUCGACUUCUAGGAACUUUCGGCAGUGCUACCCUUGAAGGGGUUUCAGACUACUAUUCUCAGUUGAUCUACAAGCAGAAUAAUUUAAGUAAUCCUCCAACACCCCCUGCCUCUCUUCCUCCUACACCACCUCCUAUGGCUUGUCAGAAGAUGGCAAAUGGUUUUGCAACCACCGAAGAACUUGCUGGAAAAGCUGGAGUGCUGGUGAGCCAUGAAGUCACCAAAACUCUAGGACCGAAGCCCUUUCAGUUGCCAUUCAGAUCACAGGACGACUUGUUAGCCAGAGCUAUUGCUCAGGGCCCAAAGACAGUUGAUGUUCCUGCUUCCCUUCCAACACCACCUCACAACAAUCAGGAAGAAUUGAGGAUACAGGAUCAUUGUGGUGACAGGGACAGUCCCGACAGUUUUGUUCCCUCGUCCUCUCCCGAGAGUGUGGUUGGCGUAGAAGUGAGCAGGUAUCCAGAUCUGUCCCUGGUCAAAGAGGAGCCUCCAGAGCCAGUACCGUCCCCCAUCAUUCCAAUUCUUCCUAGCACUGCCGGGAAAAGUUCAGAGUCAAGAAAGAAUGACAUCAAAACUGAGCCGGGCACUUUAUUUUUCACAUCACCUUUUGGUUCAUCCUCAAAUGGUCCCAGAUCGGGUCUCAUAUCUGUAGCAAUUACUCUGCACCCUUCAGCUGCUGAGAACAUUAGCAGUGUUGUGGCUGCAUUUUCCGACCUUCUUCACGUCCGAAUUCCUAACAGCUAUGAAGUUAGUAAUGCUCCAGAUGUUCCUUCCAUGGGUUUGGUCAGUAGCCACAGAGUAAACCCAGGUUUGGAGUAUCGACAGCAUUUACUGCUUCGUGGGCCUCCACCAGGAUCUGCAAACCCUCCCAGAUUGGCAAGCUCUCACCGGCUGAAGCAGCCGAAUGUCCCCUUUCCCCCAACAAGCAACGGUCUUCCUGGCUACAAGGAGCCCAGUCGUGGUCUCGCAGACAGUGCUGCACUCAGACCACAGUGGUGCUGUCACUGUAAAGUGGUCGUUCUCGGAAGUGGUGUGCGGAAAUCUUUCAAAGAUGUGACUCUGGCGAACAAGGAUUCCCGAGAAAGCUCCAAGAGAGGGGAGAAGGAAAUUGUCUUUUGUAGUAAUAACUGCUUUAUUCUCUAUUCAUCAACUGCAAAAGCAAAAAACUCAGAAAGCAAGGAAGCCAUCCCUUCAUUGCCACAGUCACCUAUGAGGGAAACACCUUCCAAAGCAUUUCAUCAGUACAGUAACAACAUCUCCACUUUAGAUGUGCAUUGUCUCCCACAGCUGCAAGACAGAGCUUCUCCCCCUGCAUCACCUCCCAUCAUGUUCCCUCCUGCCUUUGAAGCAGCCAAAGUAGAGGCCAAGCCAGAUGAGCUUAAGGUAACAGUGAAGUUGAAACCGCGUUUGAGAACUGUCCAUGGUGGAUUUGAAGACUGUAGGCCAUUAAAUAAAAAAUGGAGGGGCAUGAAAUGGAAGAAAUGGAGCAUUCAUAUUGUAAUUCCCAAGGGGACAUUUAAACCUCCGUGUGAGGAAGAAAUUGAUGAAUUUCUGAAGAAAUUGGGCACUUCCCUGAAGCCUGACCCUGUGCCUAAAGACUAUCGGAAGUGUUGCUUCUGUCAUGAAGAAGGUGACGGGCUGACGGACGGACCGGCAAGGCUGCUCAACCUUGACUUGGAUCUGUGGGUCCACUUGAAUUGUGCUCUGUGGUCCACGGAGGUCUACGAGACUCAGGCUGGUGCCUUGAUAAACGUGGAGCUCGCGCUCAGGAGAGGCCUUCAGAUGAAGUGUGUCUUCUGCCAUAAGACGGGCGCCACCAGCGGAUGUCACAGAUUUCGAUGCACCAACAUUUAUCACUUCACUUGCGCCAUUAAAGCACAAUGCAUGUUUUUUAAGGACAAAACUAUGCUUUGCCCCAUGCACAAACCAAAGGGAAUUCAUGAACAAGAAUUAAGUUAUUUUGCAGUCUUCAGGAGGGUCUAUGUUCAACGCGAUGAGGUGCGACAAAUUGCUAGCAUUGUGCAGCGAGGGGAACGUGACCACACCUUCCGUGUCGGAAGCCUCAUUUUCCAUACAAUCGGUCAGCUGCUUCCGCAGCAGAUGCAAGCAUUCCAUUCUACUAAAGCGCUCUUCCCUGUGGGCUACGAAGCUAGCCGCUUGUACUGGAGCACACGCUAUGCCAACCGGCGAUGCCGCUACCUGUGCUCCAUUGAAGAGAAAGACGGGCGCCCUGUGUUUGUCAUCAGGAUUGUGGAGCAAGGCCAUGAAGAUCUAGUCCUAAGUGACACCUCACCUAAAGGUGUUUGGGAUAAAAUUUUGGAGCCUGUGGCAUGUGUAAGAAAAAAAUCUGAAAUGCUCCAACUUUUUCCAGCAUAUUUAAAAGGAGAAGAUCUGUUUGGCUUAACCGUCUCAGCAGUGGCACGGAUAGCUGAAUCACUCCCUGGGGUUGAGGCGUGUGAAAACUACACCUUCCGAUAUGGCCGAAAUCCGCUCAUGGAGCUCCCGCUUGCCGUUAACCCCACAGGUUGUGCCCGUUCUGAACCUAAAAUGAGUGCGCAUGUCAAGAGGUUUGUGUUAAGGCCGCACACGCUGAACAGCACCAGCGCCUCGAAGUCAUUCCAGAGCACAGUCACGGGGGAGCUGAGCGCACCUUACAGCAAGCAGUUUGUUCACUCCAAGUCGUCGCAGUACCGGAAAAUGAAGACCGAAUGGAAGUCCAACGUCUAUCUGGCCCGCUCUCGGAUUCAGGGGCUGGGCCUGUAUGCUGCUAGAGACAUUGAGAAGCACACUAUGGUCAUUGAAUAUAUAGGGACUAUCAUUCGAAAUGAAGUGGCAAACAGAAAAGAGAAGCUUUAUGAGUCUCAGAAUCGCGGCGUGUACAUGUUCCGCAUGGAUAAUGACCAUGUGAUUGAUGCAACGCUCACAGGAGGGCCUGCAAGAUACAUCAACCAUUCAUGUGCACCCAAUUGUGUGGCUGAAGUGGUGACUUUUGAGAGAGGACACAAAAUUAUCAUCAGCUCCAAUCGGAGAAUCCAAAAAGGAGAAGAGCUCUGCUAUGACUAUAAGUUUGACUUUGAAGACGACCAGCACAAGAUUCCGUGUCA